AUGUAUGGCACUGGUUCGUUCUGCGUACCCGGAAUCUUCUUUCUUCAGAAAACUCUUUUGGCUUCUGGUAUAUCUCAUCGCAACUGGCUACAUGCUCUACGGAAUCAUCGAUAUCAUCAAUGCAUAUUUGUCUGGCCCAAUAACUACGAAUACCCAGCCGUCACUCUAUGUCCUCAAAAACCUAACCCCUUCAUGCCAUACGAUUUUUCUGGACUCUUCAGUCCAAUGGAGUUUCUCAUUCAGAACGAAUGCAUUCAUAGAUCGGUGUUCAGCCAGUUAUGGAAGCCACAUGACACAGACCAAUCAACAAUGACAACUUUGUCGCAUCUCUUCAACGAUAUGAACCAGACACCGAAACAGGACGGAGAGGAGAUAUGCGUUGCACCGUUCGCUGAUUUGGACAUUGAUUUGUUGCGGAAUGGUAUGAUCACUUUCGAGGAGUUGGUCCAAAGUACUCCAAACAAGGACCUUCUUGUUGGCUACGUGAAAUCGGAAUACGCGAAGGACGUGAAUCCUUCGAGUAUUGAGAAAUCCAUACUCCAUUGCAGCUUCAAUGAGGAGCCUUGCCGUGAUACGUAA